GGCCACAUAAAUUAAUUCUACCAUCCUCCAACCAACCCUCAACUACAACCUCCACCACAACAUCUACCCGACUUUAACUCCCCUCCUCCCAGCCUCCCGCACGAUAACCUCCAUUUCCUUAACGGCUUCAGGACAGUUAACCACCUAACCAUAAUUCCUCACCUUUAUCCUUUCGGUAACUACCUAAGCCUACUCAACAUAACGUUGCGGGAUGGCCAACAACGACAUGGUUAACCGGGGCAUGACCCAGGUCUUUACUGGACUUGGGAUUCUACUCGGUGCUGGUCGCAUCAGUAAUGCCACCCAUGAAAAGAUAAUGGGUCUCAUCGAUGCAGACCAGAACCGUGCCAACACCGACGCCACUCCCACGGCGGCGGAGACAACAAUUGGCCUCCCAGGUCCGGGAAAAGAGACGCCUGUUUCCAUGCGGUCUCAAGAUCUCCUCGGGUUGGGUGAUGAGUUUGGUGACAUGUCUAUCGGGGACAAAUACAGCCGUGGCUCGACAAAAUCUGCUGGUGCGAAGUCCGGAAGCCAGCCCAAGAUCAUCUGUCCUUGGUGGUCCACAGCUGGCUACGCCUGCCGCGAUUACGAAAAUGGAGAAUGCAAAUUCUACCAUGAGGAUAUUACGGAUGGAAUACGCCAGCCGUUGAUUUGCCAUUUUUGGGCGGAUGGUAACCGGUGUACUAAGCCCCAAGACGCCUGCCGAUUUGCACAUUACCUAGCGCAGCACCGGGCUGUUGCUCCUAUGCCUACCAAGAGGAAGAUUAAGAAGACUUCCACUGGGCUAGACUACAGUGAGCACUUCGCCAUACCUCGUCCAGCCGUACUAUCCCGAGAAAGCGAGGUUGGCAAAUGGCAUAGCCAGCCGCGACCUCCUCCUGAAGAUGACUGGUAGAGCAGGUUUUAGCCAAUGAGCGGUAUUCGUGUGGAUGUGAACGUGAACAGUGUGUAUACUUGAAGGCUUGCUAGGAUUAGGUAGCAGGUG